AUGCAGCCGCGCACCAUAGCUCUCCUGGCGGCCUUCCUGGCCCUCGUAAUCACUGGCGCCGCCGCGAAGUGCACCAAGAACAAGGACGGCUGUGCCAGGUGCCACACGGGCAACCACAGGUGCGCCAAGUGCUUCGACACCUAUGGGCUGACCCCCAAGGGGACCUGCGCCCAGUGCAAGGUCCCGGGCAAGCUUGGCUGGACUUGCGUUAAGUGUGACGGCCCCCGCCAGGAUGUGUGCCAGGCUUGUGAUGACUGGGAGGGCGAGCAGCCCACGGGCGUGUACGUCACUGUGAAAGGCCGGUGCAAGUACUGCAAGGACAAGAACUGCGACAAGUGCGCCCCCAAGACCGGCAUCUGCCGUACGUGCAACCGGGGCUAUGGUCUUGUCAAGGGGGCGUGCAUCAAGUGCCGCGACGAGAACUGCAUCACCUGCAACCGCAACACGGCUCGCUGCACCCUCUGCUACACCGGCUACGCGCCGAACCCCAUGACAGGCCGCUGCGACAAGUGCAAGGGCGCGGAGUGCGAGGCCUGCAAGCCCGGCAAACCCCGGAUCUGCACCGAGUGCAACUUCGGCUACAAGCUGUCCAAGGGGCGCUGCGUCAAGGACCCUACCUCCGACCGCUGGGCCUGA